AUGACCAACGAAGCAGAAGCUUCUAAACCUGCCUACCAUUCUGCCCUCUCCCUCAAUAUCAAACAACAUCUUCCCCUUAUUCUAAGCAUGGACAACAACUACUACUCCUCCUGGGCCGAGCUCUUUAAAAUCACCGCCCGUGCCAAUCAAGUGCUUCAUCACAUCAUACCUCCUGCCGACAAACCCGCCAUUAAAGACACUGAACUAUGGGGACGUCUUGAUGCCGUCGUCCUUCAAUGGAUAUAUGGGACUAUCCACGAGGAUCUCCUCCUCACUAUACUCGAACCAGACUCCACGGCCCAACAAGCGUGGGAACGUCUGCGUGACAUAUUCCAGGAUAACAAACAUUCGCGUGCUGUGUACCUAGAAAAUCAAUUCUCCAACACCCACCUUGAAAAUUUCAAAGAUAUUUCAGCCUACUGUCAACGGUUGAAGAUGCUCUCGGACCAGCUCGCCGGCGUCGGGUCUCCGGUGUCCGACCAACGCCUGGUACUGCAACUUGUCGCUGGCCUCACCGAUGCAUAUGACAACGUUGCAUCGCUUAUCCAACAACGGGAUCCUCUGCCGCCCUUCUACACCGCCCGCUCCAUGCUCACACUCGAAGAAUCCCGUAAGUCACAGCAGCUUGGUUCCUCCUCUAAUGCUCUUCUAGCCUCCACCGACUCCCUCCUUGGCGAGUCCCAUGAUGAUUCAGCGGCAAAAUCGUCUCCUCCACCGCGGCACAGCCAACCGCCGCCUUCCCGCGGUCGUGGCCGUGGUGGCCGUAGCGGCCGGCACACUGGCGCACGGGGUCGAGGUCGCGGCCGCGCCCAGCCACAGCACUCGGGUUUCUCUCACCCGCCUCGGUAUGGGCCUCCUCCUCCAUAUUAUUACGGACCCCACUAUCCUUCUUACGGCACUGCUUACGGGACCCCUCCACCCUACGGGUACCCCCCGCCCUGGAGUCCCGGCCCCUGCCCGUAUCCCACAGCCUCUCCCAGGGCCAGCCCGCGGCCACCUGCCACGCCUGGUCUCCUUGGGCCGCGACCUGUUCAAGCGUAUGCCGCCUCUGUGGAGCCCAGCCCCGCCUUAUGA